GCCCCCACCAGAAUCUUCUCUCUCUGUAACUGCCGUCAGGUUUUUUUCUUCCUUUGGAACUUCAAAAAACCCUGUCAGACGAAAAAUCUUCGCGCCCUAGAUGGAAGCUCUUUGCCCUAAAUCAAAAUUCAAUCUCCGUCAUUUCCCUUCAGCUCCGAAACCCUCGCAGGGAGCUUCUGAUACCCGUCGAUCUCUCUGUCCGAAUCACCGCAUCAAUGUAAAAUGGAGAAAAUCGAUCUCUCCUGCUUCUUCUGGAUUAUGCAGAUUUGUUGUCCGUUCGCAGAACCGAUCUGAUGAUAGUAACUUCAGAACCGUUGGAUUUAAGACGGAUGGAUGGGAUGGAAGCUGGAUCAAGUUGGUUGGCAGAAGCAUUUUCGGUUUUGCUGCUGCUGCUGCCACUGUGAUUUCCAUCAGCUGCGAUUCCCCGGUCCUCGCGGAAUCUCUCACGGUAGCUUUCCCAGCUUCUCGAGCUCGUGAGGUAAACACGGUUCAGCGGACUCUUGUCGAGGCCUGGGGCUUGAUCCGUGAAACCUUCAUAGAUCCAACUUUUAAUCAUCAAGACUGGGACUUAAAGCUGCAACAAACAAUGGUGGAAAUGUUUCCACUUCAAUCGGCAGAUGCAGCAUAUAACAAAAUCAGUGGAAUGCUUGCAACACUUGGUGAUCCCUUUACUCGGAUUAUUAGCCCAAAGGAAUAUCAAAGCUUCAGAAUUGGAAGUGAUGGAAAUUUGCAAGGAGUUGGCCUCUAUAUAAAUGCUGAACCCAACUCUGGCCACUUGGUUGUUCUGUCUUGUAUUGAGGGAAGUCCAGCUGCCCGUGCUGGCAUACAUGAAGGAGAUGAGCUGAUUGAGAUUGAUGGGCAGACGCUUGAUGGUCUUGAUGUUGAGGCUGCAGCACAGAAGCUUCGAGGGCGUGUUGGGACGGCAGUUACAGUAAAACUUCAUAGUGUGAGUGAUUUUGGAAAUGAUUUUGGUGCUAGAGAGGUCAAGCUAUCUCGCGAAGUUAUUAGGAUUUCCCCUAUAUCUAUUGCUGUCAUCCCUCAUAAAGCCCCUGAUGGCCAUCUCUCAAAGACUGGAUAUGUGAGGCUGUCUUCCUUCUCUCAGACGGCUGCUGACGAAAUGGAAAAUGCUAUUCAAGAAAUGGAAGAUCAAGGCGUGCAGUCAUACAUACUGGAUCUGCGAAACAAUCCGGGUGGUCUGGUGAAAGCUGGAUUGGAUGUUGCCCAAAUAUGGUUAGAUGGAGAUGAAACUCUUGUCAACACGAUAGACCGGGAGGGGAAUAUGUUACCAAUCAAUAUAGUCAAUGGGCAUGCCUUAACUCGCGAUCCGCUUGUUGUGCUUGUGAAUGAAGGAAGUGCAAGUGCCAGUGAGAUUUUGGCAGGGGCAUUGCAUGAUAACGGCCGUGCUAUCCUUGUGGGGCACAGAACCUUUGGAAAAGGAAAGAUUCAGAGUGUUACUGAGCUGCAUGAUGGGUCAGCUCUGUUUAUCACAGUAGCUAAAUAUCUAUCACCUGCACUGCAUGACAUAGAUCAGGUUGGCAUUACCCCGGAUGUGCAGUGCACGCCUGACAUGCUGACAUUGCCCAAAGAUUCCUUCUUGAAGGAAAAGAGCUCGCCCUCGUCUUUAGAAGCAGAUUCUUGUAUCAUGGUAGCGGAGCAUGAGCUGGAGAUUCAGGAAUCCAAGGGAACUGCUUCGUGAAAGUAGCUAGCCAGUACUGAUUCUGUUGUGUUUGUAUACCACCAGAUGUAUAGAUUUAUAUAUGAAGAAAGAAAAAUAACAGAAUCCCUGUAACAUUCUUAUGCAUACGUGCAUGGAUGCAGUUAUAUUAGCAGGGUAAGAUAAAUGCAAAAAUGUUGUGCA